AUGGCCUAUCUCUUCGUUUUGCAGCCCCAACAUUGUUUCCAUCCUUUCUUUCUAUCGCUAGCUUAUCCACCAUCCACGAUGUUGAACUGCGGCGGCGAAGUUCGCAAGGCACCGUUACCAGCUGAGAAUUUGGCCGGUCCAUCCGUGCGAAGAGCACGUCGACUCAUGUGGUUGUUGGCCUUCCGCGAAAAUGUUUUGCUCCGCGAGGUCCGCCCAGAGUUCUUGGUAUACUGUCGCCUUUCCUUUUCAUUAAGUGACCAAGCCACCGACGUUUUGCUCUAA